CUCUUUGGCUUCCAUAGCUCCCUUGGAAACGACAAAACCGUACUCUCUCCCUCUCUCUGACUCUCUCCAUUUUCUUUCUUCGUUUUCAGCUUCGUUUCCUUGUGAAAAGGGAAACAGAUUCUGAAUUCGAAGAAGAAACUUUGGAGGAGAAGAUAUGUUUCAUGCACAAUGAGUGAGCAGGAGGUGGUAACAAUGCAAGGCCGGGAUAUGCCGAGAUGGAGUGGACAAGAAGAGAGAAUCUUCGUAUCGGUGAGGGUGAGGCCUCUGAAUGAGAAAGAAACUGCGUCGAACGAUGUGAUCGAUUGGGAAUGCAUCAAUAACAAUGCCAUCAGAUUCAAGCACACCCUGCCGGACCGGGCCAUGUUUCCCACUGCCUAUACAUUUGAUCGAGUAUUUGGGACUGACAGCCCCACAAAGAAGGUGUAUGAAGAAGGAGCCAGAGACGUUGCCCUUUCAGCAGUCGGUGGUAUUAAUUCAAGCAUUUUCGCAUACGGGCAAACCAGCAGUGGAAAGACCUACACCAUGACUGGAAUUACAGAACAUGCAAUGGCAGAUAUAUAUGACUACAUAGAUGGGCAUAAAGAAAGAGAGUUUGUGUUGAAGUUCUCUGCCAUGGAGAUAUACAAUGAAGCCGUUAGAGAUCUUCUGAGGUCGGACGGUGCUGCACUUAGACUUUUAGAUGAUCCAGAGAAAGGUACAGUUGUUGAGAGACUUACAGAGGUGACUUUGAGGGACUGGAAACAUCUGCAGGAGCUCCUUGCCGUAUGUGAAGCUGAAAGAAAGAUAGGAGAGACCUCUCUAAAUGAAACUAGUUCCAGAUCUCAUCAGAUUUUGCGAUUGACAAUUGAAAGCUCUGCUCGUGAAUAUAUAGGCGCCCGAAAUUCAAGAACUCUUGCAGCUCAACUGAAUUUUGUUGACCUUGCUGGAAGUGAGCGUACUUCUCAGACAUUAGCAGCUGGUACAAGAUUGAAAGAAGGUGCCCACAUAAAUCGCAGUUUACUGACUCUGGGAACUGUAAUCCGAAAAUUAAGCAAAGGAAGAACUGGGCAUAUUCCUUAUAGGGACUCCAAGCUAACACGCAUUCUGCAGAACUCCCUCGGAGGCAAUGCCAGAACAGCCAUCGUCUGCACCAUGAGCCCUGCCCGCAGUCACGUUGAGCAAUCAAGAAACACCCUCUUGUUUGCAAAUUGUGCUAAAGAGGUGACUACUAAUGCACAGGUUAACGUGUUGAUGACCGAUAAGGCAUUGGUAAAGCAACUGCAAAGAGAACUGGCUAGACUGGAGGGUGAGAUGAAAAAUUUAGCAAUGGGUCCCAAGACAACUGAUGUUUCCGCUUUACUGAAGGAGAAAGAUCUCAAGAUUGAAAAGAUGGAUCAAGAGAUUCAAGAAUUGACUAGGCAAUGUGAGCUUGCUCGUGCUCGGGCUGAGACUAGAAGGCAAUUAACUAGAGAAGAUCAGGUUUCAGGAACUAAUGAAUAUCCCGUAUUAGAACCAUCAGCAUUAGCCAAUCCUUGUUUCGACCAAGUAAAUCCCAGAACAUGCAGACCCAAUUACAAUAAGCAUUACCAACAAUUUGCCGAGAAUCCUGAAAACUUUCUGUGGGAUAUCAAGUCUUCCAGUCCUGAUCCGUAUGAGGGCUGGGAGGAGACUGCCGGAAUAGAUUAUGAGAAAUCUGAAGAUAGCUGCAAGGAAGUUCGAUGCAUUGAAGUGGAUGAACCGCGAAUGGAUCAAAAAAUAGAAGCUCCUCUGUUCUUAUCUAGUCCUGAAGAAAGAAUUGGACACUUAUUCUUGAGAGAGGUAGUGAAUGCAGAUGCUGUAACAUCCCCACAGAAGGGACCUAUGGAGGAAAUGAAUGAAGAAGUAAUGUCACCACAGAAGAGAUCUAAGAAGGCUACGGAUGAAGAUGCAGUACCAUAUCCACAUAUAAGAUCUGAGAAUAUUACGAAUGAAGACGCAGUAUCAUAUCCACAUAAACGAUCUGAGAGUUUUAUGAAUGAAGAUGCAGUAUCAUAUCCACAUAUAAGAUCUGAGAAGAUUACUAAUGAAGAUGCAGUAUCAUAUCCACAGAAAAGAUCUGAGAGUUUUAUGAAUGAAGAUGCAUUAUCAUCCCCGGAGAAUGGGUCUCGGGAUCCGGGUGAUGUCAAUGAUUCCGCUUAUGAUGAUCUGAAGCAAAAAAUUCAGAGCAUGCAAAAGGCCAUCAGCUGUCUUAUUAGUUUCUGUCCGUCAGAGCAAUCUCCAAGUCACUCUGAAGCAAACACAUUCCGCUCUAGAAGCAUGAACUUCGGUAGAAGCAGAAGUUGCAGGGCAGUUGUCAUGCCUAUACGACCUGCUGCGUUUGAGGACUUGCCUGGAAGACCAGCGUGCCCUCAGAAAACGCUUUCUGCACCGAGGAUUAGUGCCAGCUAUGGGAACUUGUCUAGAAAAGAUUCUCAAAUUUCUCUAACCAGUGCUUUCACAGAAGCACAGAACAGCGACAAGUCUGAUGAUUCAGAGGAUGCUAGAAGCGUCCUAAGUUAUGCUACAGUAGCGAAUGAAGAGGCCCACCCUCAAUCCAAGAAACGAUUUGGUGAUUUGGUACGAAUUAGCACUGCACCCGCCAACUAUGAUCGCAGGAACAAUGGAAAGGAUGCUGGGUGGGCUGAAGUGCAGGGUGCUCUGCAGCCUGGUUCUAAUUGGUACGCCGAAUUUGAGAGGCAGCGAAGAGAAAUAAUUGAACUCUGGGAUGAGUGCAAUGUGCCGUUGGUUCAUAGAACCUAUUUCUUCCUUCUCUUCGAAGGUGAUCCUUCAGACGCUGUGUACAUGGAAGUAGAGCUCAGACGGCUGUCCUUUCUCAAGGCUACUUUUUCGCAUGGAACUCUUACGGUGAAUAAGAGUGAAACUCUCACACCAGCUUCAAGUGCGAAGGCUCUCCAUCUGGAGAGGAAAAUGUUGAGCAGGAAAGUGCAAAAGAAAUUCUCAAAGAAGGAACGAGAACGCCUUUACCAGAGGUGGGGUAUUGGGCUGAACUCAAAGCGGAGGAGCCUACAAUUAGCAUGCUGCUUAUGGACGGAAACGAAGGACAUGGACCAUCUGAGGAAGAGUGCUGCACUUGUUGCAGGCUUGGUGGGAAAGCCAGGUCAAGCAUGCAAAGAGACAUUUGGACUCAGCUUCUUAUCCCAACAACCUGUAUCCCGGAAAUCGUUUCCAUGGAAACACGGUCUCUCUUAUCUCUCGUAAGCUUUGUUGGAUUGAGGGAGGUACGUACCCAUACCUGUUUAACCAUUCGAUACUGAGAAGCUGAUCAGAUUAGACUAUACGAUGAUUGCAGUUUUGCACCCAACUCCAAACAAUCAAAUGUAUAUGUUUUUCCCUUAGUCCUGCUUUUAAAUGUAAAUUCAAAGGCUUGAAGCAUCCUCAAGUUACAAAUUAAACGUGAUCACGGUCGCGGUCGCGUUUCUUUUCAAUAUAAAUUAAUGAAAUGUACCUUUUACUUUUA